AUGACCAAUAAGCACUAUGAGACCAAUAAGCAAUAUGAGACCAAUAAGCACUAUGAGACCAAUAAGCACUAUGAGACCAAUAAGCACUAUGAGACCAAUAAGCACUAUGAGACCAAUAAGCACUAUGAGACCAAUAAGCACUAUGAGACCAAUAAGCACUAUGAGACCAAUAAGCACUAUGAGACCAAUAAGCAAUAUGAGACCAAUAAGCACUAUGAGACCAAUAAGCACUAUGAGACCAAUAAGCACUAUGAGACCAAUAAGGUUAGAGGCAGAGAAUCCCACUAUGAGAACAAUAAGCAAUAUGAGACCAAUAAGCACUAUGAGACCAAUAAGCACUAUGAGACCAAUAAGCACUAUGAGACCAAUAAGCACUAUGAGACCAAUAAGCACUAUGAGACCAAUAAGCAAUAUGAGACCAAUAAGCACUACGAGACCAAUAAGCACUAUGAGACCAAUAAGCACUAUGAGACCAAUAAGCACUAUGAGACCAAUAAGCACUAUGAGGCCAAUAAGCACUAUGAGACCAAUAAGCAAUAUGAGACCAAUAAGCACUAUGAGACCAAUAAGCACUAUGAGACCAAUAAGCAAUAUGAGACCAAUAAGCAAUAUGAGAUCAAUAAGCAAUAUGAGACCAAUAAGCACUAUGAGACCAAUAAGCACUAUGAGACCAAUAAGCACUAUGAGACCAAUAAGCACUAUGAGACCAAUAAGCACUAUGAGACCAAUAAGCACUAUGAGACCAAUAAGCACUAUGAGACCAAUAAGCACUACGAGACCAAUAAGCACUAUGAGACCAAUAAGCACUAUGAGACCAAUAAGCACCAUGAGAUCAAUAAGCACUAUGAGGCCAAUAAGCACUAUGAGACCAAUAAGCACCAUGAGAUCAAUAAGCACUAUGAGACCCAUAAGCACUAUGAGACCAAUAAGCACCAUGAGAUCAAUAAGCACUAUGAGACCCAUAAGCACUAUGAGACCCAUAAGCACUAUGAGACCAAUAAGCACUAUGAGGCCAAUAAGCACUAUGAGACCAAUAAGCACUACGAGACCAAUAAGCACUAUGAGACCAAUAAGCACUAUGAGACCAAUAAGCAAUAUGAGACCAAUAAGCACUAUGAGACCAAUAAGCACUAUGAGACCAAUAAGCACUAUGAGACCAAUAAGCACUAUGAGACCAAUAAUCACUAUGAGACCAAUAAGCACUAUGAGACCAAUAAGCAAUAUGAGACCAAUAAGCACUAUGAGGCCAAAAAGCCUGUGAGGAAAACCAGUUAG